GUGGCCGAGGAUAAGCCGCAGAGAGGGGCGCGGGGGGUGCCUGAGCGCAUGCGUCGUGCGCUUUUCACUCCGACGAUCCCUCCCUCUCAGUUGACUUACAGCCGUCGCGAGCGGUCGCUGUGCCGUCAUGUGUCGCUCACCAACUUUCUCGAGUAGAGAUGUGAUACGGUAUCGUGUACAAGAAGUGGUGUACGUGUAGACAAUAAAAGUUCUGACAAUUAAUUUGGAUAGUGACAUUAAAUUAAAACUUUUUUAAACCAAUGUUUUGUGAACAGUGACUACAGAAAUACCAAAAUGAAGUGGCUAAUAGUGGCAGUGAUGGUGGUGGUGUCAAAAACAAUUACGGCUGGGAUUGCUCCCCCUGGAUCUUGCCCUGCAGUGUGUGUGUGCAAGUGGAAGGGUGGAAAACAAACUGUAGAGUGUGUGGAUCGGGCGCUUAUCACAGUUCCUGAACCCGUAGAUCCUGCUACGCAAGUACUGGAUCUUUCAGGAAAUAAUUUACAAAUUCUACCUCAGGAAGCUUUUGAACGAACUGGACUAGUUAACCUUCAACGAGUGUAUUUACGUAGUUGUAAUAUAGGUCAAAUAAACGAACGAGCAUUUAAGGGCCUAACCAAUUUAGUUGAGUUAGACCUCUCUCACAAUUUACUUACCCAAAUACCUUCUUAUAGUUUCAAGGAUGCUCCAUUUCUCAGAGAUCUUACAUUGGCUAACAAUCCUAUUUCAAAACUUCAUUCAGACGCUCUCAGUAAUCUCGGAAGCGUAGUAAAACUUGACUUAUCAGGAUGUGAUAUCAGAGAUAUAGCAGCUGAGGUGUUCAGGCACUUACAUUCUUUGGAAUCAUUGAAAUUGAACGGCAAUAACUUGCGAGAUCUACCUUUGUCUUUCCUGGAAAGAAUUGAAAAGUUAAGAGUUAUCGAUUUGUCUGAUAAUCCUUGGACCUGUGACUGCCGACUUCGUGAUCUUAAAUUGUGGCUGUCGAAACAUAAAUUAUUCUUGUCGCCGAGUUGUGCUUCACCACCUCGUUUAGAAAAUAAACCGUUUUCGGAACUGUCUCUCGAACAAUUCGCCUGUAAACCGGAAAUAUUACCCGUAAGCAGACACGUGGAGGCUGCUGUAGGAGACAAUACUACCAUCGUAUGUAGAACGGAAGCCAUGCCAAGUGCAAAUAUUAACUGGUAUUGGAACGGGCGCUUGUUAAUAAAUGGGACUAGUUUUAACUCACACCAAAAAAUUUAUAUUUUUGAAGAGGGCGAAGUUAAGAAAAAAUCAACACUUAUUCUUACGAACACUCAAGAAUCAGAUUCGACCGAGUUUUAUUGUGUUGCUGAAAAUAAAGGAGGCAACGUGGAAGCUAACUUUACGGUUCAUGUCAUACACAUGGCUGCUGGAAUAUCGUCGUUAGGAAACGCUCAAAUUGCGAGUCUUGGUGCGGCACUGUUUUUAGUUAUAAUUGUAAUUUCACUGGGCUUAUUAAUUACUUUUGUAAGAUUCCGCCCUACGCCUGCUUGUGAAAGUAAAACACCAAACACUUUAGAUAGAGUCGUUUCGGGAAACGAAGUACACCCUACAGUCACUGAUAGACCGCAUGUAGCGGUUUUGGCUAAUCGACAAGACUCUCCGAACUAUGAUGACGUCAAAUGUAACCCAGUAUUAAAACCACCAAGAACAAAUGAUAUAGCUUAUACGACGAACCACUACGAAGGUCGAGGAAGCUUAGUCACAGCGGGAGGGCCGGUGGUUGUUUCUCCAACGGUGUCCGGCGGUAUCGAUCCUGAUCUCAUUAAUGAUACUAGACCAGAGAGUGCUAAUCGUCCAGGAAGUGGCGAAUAUGCGCGAGAGACAUCAGAUUCGUUAUACCCAUCUGGUCUCUGGGAUCAAAUCAAGAUGAAUCAAGCGAAUAAUUUGGCUCGCGCGAUAAGUUCAGCGAUACCUGCGUAUUAUAAUGACCGAACACCGAUAAUAGAAAAUAGUAGUGUAAGUGGAUCGCAGGAGGAGUUGGGAUACAUGAGCCGGACGUUUCCACGAUCACACGCUAUUUCGACGGCGAACGCUGGUCCUGGGGACGCCCCAUACCCCUCAGACUAUGGAUUACCAGUAGGUGGAGCGCGCACGCUCCGGGUGUGGCAGCGUGCUCCACCAGUUCUUCCCCCAGUGUCGGCACUCAAACGAGUACUCACGAUCACGAGGCCCUCAGAUGACGGCUUUCAAGACGGCUGUGCUACUGACGUAUAGGGUGACAGAUGUUAUUUUCUCUAAAUGUGAAUAUUGUAAAUAAAAGACUUGGACCCUGAUUCACUAUAGCAUUAUGAUCUUAAGUACAUUCAAAAUAUUAUAAUGUAUAUAUAUAUUUUUGCAUAGUGCCGUGAGAUGUGGGACAGAUUUUUUUGUAUGUAAAACACCUCUGUUACCAUGAGUUACUAUUCUGUUACCUUCCAAAAGAAGUGAUAAAUCAAUAAUAAUACCGUUUUUCUUAAAAAAUAUAUUAAUUGAAUUGUACUUGAACUAAAAAUGCUAAAGCACAAUUUUAGUAUUUUAGAAAUAUUGGUAAAAUUGGUAUUUUGCUUGGGGACUACAUUUUGUGCUAAAAUGACCUAUUUAAAGUUACCUUUGAGAAACAAAUAAAAUCAUGAAGACAUUAGGUUUUUUGGAAUAGUGAAUUAGGGACCGUCGUACUUGUAAAAGAUGAUGUAAUAGGUAGAUUUUGUAUUAUAAUAUAAUAAUUUAUUAAUAAUAAUUAGUGGAAAGUUACAUUGGGUCCUGAUAUAUAGGAUCCACGACUGAUUAGUUGAAAGAAGUAACAGUAAGUUAUUACGUGAUAUGGAACGGUAUUAUAUAAGAUCGCCAAAUGAUUAAAGUUAUACUGAUUGUAAUAUAUCCUGAAUGUUGAAAUUCUGAAUAGAUGUUACAUAAUUAAUAAAGUCGUAAGUAAUAUGACAACAAAAGCAAAAUAUCCAAAGAAUUUUCCCUCUAAAGUAAUACAAUAAUGUGUGUUACUAUAAUGUAUUAUUAAUGUAAUGCACGGUAAAUGUUAUUUGAUGUAAGAUAAUGUAUGUGAGUAUUUUAUGUUGAAAAAUAUAAGAAUAUAGAGAUAAAAAAUAAAAAAUGGGAAAAUAAUAAACAAGGCGAUUAUAAAACUUACAA